CCUAGUCAUUUACUGUGGAAAAUCAACGGUCAGGAUCAUCGCAGCGAUGGAGGCUGAGAUUCAAGAGCUCGUAAGCAUGGGAUUCGCCGCCGACCUGGCCGCCGAAGCCCUCGCCGCCGCCGACGGCGACCUCCACAGAGCCACCGAUUGCCUCCUCAGCCACACCACCGCCGAUAAUCCUCAGCCAAUAAGUUGGCAAUCCAACUCCACUUCGUCUCCACCGAUCGUUCAACCCAAAAUCGAUCGCUUCUUCAAUCUCCACCCAAAAAAGGCUCCGAAAUCACAAUCCUCCGAAGCCGACGAAGACCUCAAUCCACGCCAAAAGCGGCAGAAAUCCUCCGAAAAUCACACCAACCACCCACCGGCGGCCAAUCAACCGCCGCUGGCCGAGCAAAUGCGGCCGCGCGUGCUGGACGAAGUGGUAGGGCAAGACCACUUGCUAUCUCCGACCUCUCUCCUCCGCUCGGCGAUCGCCUCCAGCCGCCUCCCCUCCGUCGUCCUCUGGGGACCGCCGGGCGCCGGGAAAACCUCCAUAGCCAAAGCAAUCGCCCGCUCCGCCGCCUGCUACCGCUUCGUCUCCCUCUCCGCCGUCACCGCCGGCGUCAAAGACAUCCGAGAAACCGUGGAAGAAGCCCUAAAAUUCAAAAUUAGGGCUAACAAACGGACCCUGCUGUUCAUCGACGAAGUCCACCGAUUCAACAAAGCUCAGCAGGAUUCUCUCCUCCCUAUAAUCGAAGACGGCAGCGUCACCUUGCUCGGAGCCACCACCGAGAAUCCUUCCUUCCACCUCAUCACGCCAUUGCUGUCCCGCUGCAGAGUCCUUCCCCUAAAUCCCUUAAACCCUAACCAUAUAACACUUCUCCUCAACAGAGCCAUCAAUGACACCCAAAAAGGAUUAUCCCCAACCUUAAGAAACACAUUCAAAUUCGACCUCGAAUUCAACUUCCCUGAUGCCGCCAUUUCGUUCCUAUCGAUGCACUGCGACGGUGACGCCCGUGUCGCCCUCAAUGCGCUCGAGGCUGCUGCGACAACAGCCGUCUGGCGCCGCAUCGAGAACGAUCAGAAUUCGAUCAUCGAUAGCGUUGUUGCUGUUGUUGGUGUUGAUGAUGUGAAGGAGGCAUUGCAGUGCAAGCAUUUAGUGUACGAUCGUGACGGCGACGAGCAUUACAAUAUGAUAAGCGCGUUGCACAAGUCUAUGAGGGGUAGCGACGCCGACGCAUCGAUUUAUUGGCUGGCGAGAAUGCUGGAAGGUGGCGAAGAUCCUCUCUACAUAGCGCGACGUUUGGUGAGAUUCGCGAGCGAGGACGUCGGGCUGGCUGAUCCGCAGGCAUUGUCGCAGGCGGUGUCUUGCUACCAAGCUUGCCAUUUUCUGGGCAUGCCGGAGUGCGACGUUGUUUUGGCGCAAUGUGCGGCGUAUUUGGCGUUGGCGCCCAAGUCGGUGGCUGUAUAUCGGGCGAUUGGAUGUGCUCGGGAAGCGGUGAGGGUGAAGGGAUCGAACGAGAGGGUGCCGUUGCAUUUGAGGAAUGCGCCGACCAAGGUUAUGAAGGAACUCGGGUACGGUAAGGGCUACGUUUAUCCGCCGGACAAUCCCGACUCGGCGGAGCAAACAUACUUGCCUCCUUCGCUACAGGGAUCUAAGUUUCUACAUUGGCCGUGCCCCUACCCUAAGUAAGGAUUGGUUGCCUUGCCUUGGGUGGGGGAUAGAUAAGCACGCUGUUUUUGAGGUUACAACACAACUUGGGAGUAAGUAAGUGGACUUUUGUGAC